AAGUAACUGCAAGGCACUAGGUGAGCAGUGGGCUCAAAAUUAAAAUCCCAGAGCUUCUGCCUCCAGAUCUUACUAAACUAUCAUAUCUUAGGUGAUAUUUAAAUUCAUAUCAUUCUCCUAUAGGCCCACCAUGUGGAUGCCUCCAGGGCAGAACCAAAGCUGGGUUUCUGAAUUUAUCCUGCUUGGCUUCUCCAGUGACCCCACGACCAACAGGACCCUCUUCAGUGCUUUCCUUCUUCUUUUCCUGAGCUCAGUCCUUGGCAAUGGGCUCAUCAUCACCCUGAUAUGCCUGGACACGUGUCUCCACACUCCCAUGUACUUCUUCCUCUGUAUCCUCUCCCUGCUGGAUAUGGGCUGUGUCACUACCACUGUGCCCCAGUUGCUGGUGCAUCUUCUUUCUCGAUCUCAGACCAUCUCCUUUGCUGGCUGUUGGCUACAGAUGUACAUGUUUGGUGGGCUGGCCCUGACUGAGUGUUUUUUCCUUGUAGUUAUGGCCUUUGACCGGUACGUGGCCAUCUGCUAUCCACUGCGUUAUACUGUCAUCCUCAGCUGGGGCCUGUGCACACGACUGUCAGCUGGGACCUGGGCCUGUGGUUUCUUCUUCUCUCUGAUCCACACUUUUUUCACCAUGAGGCUGCCAUACUGUGGGCCCAACAUGGUCAACCACUACUUCUGUGAAGGCCCUUCAGUACGAAAUUUGGCUUGCAUGGAUACUCAUGUCAUUGAAAUGGUGGAUUCGGUCAUCAGUGUCUUCAUGGUUGUUGCCCCACUCUCACUCAUUCUGGCCUCCUACAUCUGUAUUGCCCAGGCCAUUUUCAAGAUUAAGUCCAUGCAGGCCCGCUGCAAGGCUUUUUCCACCUGUGCUUCCCACCUGACUGUGAUCACAUUCUUCUAUGCUCCAGCCACCUACAUCUACAUGAAGCCCAAUUCAAGGUAUUCCCCUGAGCAAGACAAGCAGAUCUCACUCUUUUAUAAUGUGUUCACUGUCCUGCUUAAUCCUGUGGUCUACAGUCUGAGGAACAAGGACAUCAAGGGGGCUUUUCUCAAAGUAAUGGGUAAGGGUAGAGUGAUCUGCUGAAUUAGGAGACAGGCAGAAUCUAAGAUAGAAUGCCAAUGUCGAGAAAAGGUGGAGUAUCUAUAAUGUAUGAGAUCAACAUUAUACGUGUGAACCAAUGUAGUAUUUGGUCAGUUGAACAAAGGUGGGAAA